UGCUGCUGCAGGACCUGUUUGUGGUCCUGGUUCUGGUCCCAGUCCUGGUUCUAGGUCUGGAUCUGGUUCUGGUCGGACUCUCCUCCUCCUCCUCCGUGCGCGUGCGUGUCUGUCUCCGCCGGAUCGGCCUGCAGGUUCUCCAGCCUCCUCAGCCUGGCAGUCUGACCCGGUCUGAACCGGAUCUGAACACCCGGCCCGGUUGAACCGGAGACACCGGGCGGGACCUGAAGACGCCGGCGGCGGCAGCAGCGGCGGCGCCGCGGCGGUCACCAUGACGACGGUGGCGGCGGAGUACGAGCACAUGGAGAUCCAGCAGCAGUUCAACGAGGGCGUCAACAACCGCUGGGACGCCGACGACUGGGACAACGAGAACAGCUCGGCCCGGCUGUUCGAGCGCUCGCGCAUCAAGGCGCUAGCAGAUGAGCGCGAGGCGGUGCAGAAGAAGACCUUCACCAAAUGGGUGAACUCCCACCUGUCCCGGGUGUCCUGCCGGAUCACAGACCUGUACAUGGACCUGCGGGACGGACGCAGCCUCAUCAAGCUGCUGGAGGUUCUGUCGGGGGAGCGGCUGCCCAAACCCACCAAGGGCCGGAUGAGGAUCCACUGCCUGGAGAACGUGGACAAGGCGCUGCAGUUCCUGAAGGAGCAGAAGGUUCACCUGGAGAACAUGGGGUCGCACGACAUCGUGGACGGGAACCACCGGCUCACGCUGGGCCUGAUCUGGACCAUCAUCCUGCGCUUCCAGAUCCAGGACAUCAGCGUGGAGACGGAGGACAACAAGGAGAAGAAGUCGGCCAAGGACGCCCUGCUGCUCUGGUGCCAGAUGAAGACGGCCGGAUAUCCCAACGUCAACAUCCACAACUUCUCCACCAGCUGGAGGGACGGCAUGGCCUUCAACGCCAUCCUGCACAAGCACAGACCCGACCUGAUUGACUUUGAUAAGCUGAAGAAAUCCAACGCUCACCACAACCUGCAGAACGCUUUUAACCUGGCGGAGCAGCACCUGGGCCUGACCAAGCUGCUGGACGCUGAGGACAUCAGCGUGGAUCACCCCGAUGAGAAGUCCAUCAUCACCUACGUCGUCACCUACUACCACUACUUCUCCAAGAUGAAGGCGCUGAAGGUGGAGGGCAAGAGGAUCGGCAAGAGGAUCGGCAAGGUGCUGGACAACGCCCUGGAGACGGAGAAGAUGGUGGACAAGUACGAGUCUCUGGCGUCGGAGCUGCUGGAGUGGAUCGAACAGACCAUAAUAAUCCUGAACAACAGAAAGUUCGCCAACUCCCUGGUGGGAGUUCAGCAGCAGCUGCAGGCGUUCAACACCUACCGCACCGUGGAGAAGCCGCCCAAGUUCGUGGAGAAGGGGAACCUGGAGGUUUUGCUCUUCACCAUCCAGAGUAAGAUGAGAGCAAACAACCAGAAGGUUUACACGCCGCGGGAGGGAAAACUCAUCUCCGACAUCAACAAGGCGUGGGAGCGUCUGGAGAAGGCGGAGCACGAGCGCGAGCUAGCGCUGAGGACGGAGCUGAUUCGUCAGGAGAAACUGGAGCAGCUCGCCCGGCGGUUCGACCGUAAGGCUGCCAUGAGGGAGACGUGGCUGAGCGAGAACCAGCGGCUUGGUCUCCCAGGUAACUUCCUGUCACCUGACAACUUCGGGUUCGACCUCCAGGCCGUUGAAGCCGCCACUAAGAAACACGAGGCCAUAGAAACCGACAUCGCCGCCUACGAGGAGCGAGUGUCGGCGGUGGUUUCCGUGGCGAGGGAGCUGGAGGCCGAGAGCUACCACGACAUCAAGCGCGUGACGGCGCGGAAGGACAACGUGAUCCGGCUGUGGGAGUAUCUGCUGGAGCUGCUGAAGGCCCGGCGGCUCCGGCUGGAAUCAAACCUCGGCCUGCAGCGCGUCUUCCAGGAGAUGCUGCACAUCAUGGACUGGAUGGACGAGAUGAAGAUGCUGCUGCUGUCGCAGGACUACGGGAAGCACCUGCUGGGCGUGGAGGACCUGCUGCAGAAACACGCGCUGGUGGAGGCCGACAUCGCCGUCCAGGCCGACCGCGUCCGCAACGUCAACAGCACCGCGCAGAAGUUCGUCAUCGACACCGAUGGUUACAAACCCUGCGACCCCCAGAUCAUCCGGGACCGGGUCGCCCACAUGGAGUUCUGCUACCAGGAGCUGAGCCAGCUAGCGGCCGAGCGGAGAGCGCGGCUCGAGGAGUCGCGGCGCCUCUGGAAGUUCUUCUGGGAAAUGGCUGAAGAGGAAGGGUGGAUCCGGGAGAAGGAGAAGAUCUUGUCCUCCGAGGAUUGUGGGAAGGACCUGACGGGCGCCGUGCGGCUGCUGAGUCAGCACAAAGCCUUCGAGGACGAGAUGACGGGCCGAUCCGCGCACCUGCAGCAGAGCGUCAGGCAGGGCGACGAGCUGGUGGCCGAGCAGCACUUCGGAGCCGACAAGAUCAAGGAGCGGAUCCUCGACAUCCAGGAGCAGUGGGCGGCGCUGGAGCGACUCUCUGCCGUCCGUAAAGCUCGUCUGCAGGAGGCCUGCAACCUGCACCAGUUCCAGGCCGACGCGGACGACAUUGACACCUGGAUGCUGGACGUCCUGCGGAUCGUGUCCAGCGUGGACGUCGGCCAUGACGAGUUCUCCACGCAGGCUCUGGUGAAGAAGCACAAGGACGUGUCCGAGGAGAUCGGCAGCUACCGGCCCGUCAUUGACGCGCUGCACGAGCAGUCGCGGACGCUGCCGCCCGAGAAGGCCGACUCCGAGGAGGUGCAGAGUCGGCUAGCCGGCAUCGAGGAGCGCUACAAGGAGGUGGUGGAGCUGACGCGGCUCAGGAAGCAGGCGCUGCAGGACGCGCUGGCGCUCUACAAGAUCCUGAGCGAGGCUAGCUCCUGCGAGCUGUGGAUCGACGAGAAGGAGCAGUGGCUCAACAGCAUGGACAUCCCGGAGAAGCUGGAGGACCUGGAGGUGGUGCAGCACCGGUUCGAGAGUCUUGAACCGGAGAUGAACAGCCAGGCGUCGCGGGUCGCCGUGGUGAACCAGGUCGCCAGGCAGCUGAUCCACAGCGGACAUCCGGGAGAGACGGACAUCAAGGCCCAUCAGGACAAGCUCAACACAAGGUGGGGCCAGUUCAGAGACCUGGUGGACCAGAAGAAGGAGAGCCUCAGCUCGGCUCUGGGCGUCCAGAACUACCACCUGGAGUGCAACGAGACCAAGUCCUGGAUCAAGGAGAAGACCAAGGUGAUCGAGUCGACCCAGGAGCUGGGCAACGACCUGGCCGGCGUCAUGGCGCUGCAGCGGAAGCUGACGGGGAUGGAGCGCGACCUGGUGGCCAUCGAGGACAAGCUGAGCGACCUGGGGAAGGAGGCGGGCCGCCUGUCCUCCGAGCACCCGGACCAAUCAGAGGCCAUCGGGGGCCGGCUGGCCCAGAUCACGGCCGUCUGGGACGAGAUGAAGGACACCCUGAAGACCCGGGAGGAGUCCCUGGGCGAGGCCAGCAAGCUGCAGCAGUUCCUGCGCGACCUGGACGACUUCCAGUCGUGGCUGUCGCGGACGCAGACGGCGGUGGCGUCGGAGGACCGGCCCAACACGCUAGCCGAGGCCGAGAAGCUGCUGGCGCAGCACGAGAACAUCCGUAACGAGAUCCGUAACUACGAGGAGGACUACCAGCGCAUGCGGGACAUGGGCGAGGCGGUGACCCGCGGCCAGACCGACGCGCAGCACAUGUUCCUGCGGCAGCGGCUGCAGGCGCUCGACACCGGCUGGAACGAGCUGCACCGCAUGUGGGAGAACCGGCAGAACCUGCUGUCGCAGUCGCACGCCUACCAGCUGUUCCUGCGGGACACCAAGCAGGCCGAGGCCUUCCUCAACAACCAGGAGUACGUCCUGGCCCACACGGAGAUGCCCACCACCCUGGAGGCGGCCGAGGCCGCCAUCAAGAAGCAGGAGGACUUCAUGACCACCAUGGACGCCAACGAGGAGAAGAUCGGCGCCGUGGUCGACACCGGCCGCCGCCUGGUCGCCGACGGCAACGUCAACGCCGAGCGCAUCCAGGAGAAGGUCGACUCCAUCGACCAGAGGCACAAGAAGAACCGGCAGGCGGCCAACGACCUGCUGACGAGGCUGAAGGACAACCGAGACCUGCAGAAGUUCCUGCAGGACUGCCAGGAGCUGUCCCUCUGGAUCAACGAGAAGAUGCUGACGGCGCAGGACAUGUCCUACGACGAGGCGCGGAACCUGCACAGCAAGUGGCUGAAGCACCAGGGCUUCAUGGCCGAGCUGCAGUCCAACAAGGAGUGGCUGGACAAGAUCAGCCAGGACGGCCGGGCCCUGAUGGCGGAGAAGCCGGACACGGAGUCGAUGGUCCAGGAGCAGCUGGGGUCCCUGAAGACCAUGUGGGCGGAGCUGGAGUCCACCACCCAGACCAAGGCCAAGUGUCUGUUCGACGCCAACAAGGCGGAGCUGUUCACGCAGAGCUGCGCCGACCUGGACAAGUGGCUGACGGGCCUGGACUCGCAGCUGGGCUCGGACGACUACGGCAAGGACCUGACGUCCGUCAACAUCCUGCUGAAGAAGCAGCAGAUGCUGGAGAGCCAGGUGGAGGUCCGGCAGAAGGAGGUCCAGGAGCUGCAGGGUCAGUCCCAGGCCCUGAGCCAGGAGGGUAAAGGGUCCGAGGAGGUGGACGGCCAGAGACGGACGGUGGAGACCAAGUUCCAGAACCUGCAGGCGCCGCUCCAGACCCGGCGGGACAAACUGAUGGCGUCUCGCGAGAUCCACCAGUUCAACCGGGACGUGGAGGACGAGAUCCUGUGGGUGGAGGAGCGGAUGCCUCUGGCCGCCUCCACCGACCACGGACACAACCUGCAGACGGUGCAGCUGCUCAUCAAGAAGAACCAGACCCUGCAGAAGGAGGUCCAGGGCCACCAGCCGCGCUUCGACGACAUCUUCGAGCGCAGCCAGCACGUCCUGCGGGACGACGGCGCGGCGUCGGAGCUGAUCCGGCGGCGACUGGCCGAGCUGCAGGCGCUGUGGGACCAGAUCCGGGAGGAGACGGAGAAGCGCCACACCCGCCUCAGCGAGGCCCACCAGGCCCAGCAGUACUACUUUGACGCCGCCGAGGCCGAGGCCUGGAUGAGCGAGCAGGAGCUCUACAUGAUGUCCGAGGAGAAGGCCAAGGACGAGCAGAGCUCGGUGGCCAUGCUGAAGAAGCACCAGAUCCUGGAGCAGGCGGUGGAGGACUACGCCGACGCCGUGCACCAGCUGUCCAGCACCAGCCGGGGCCUGGUGGCCGCCGGCCACCCCGACAGCGAGCGCGUGGGCAUGCGUCAGUCCCAGGUGGAUAAGCUGUACGCGGGGCUGAAGGACCUGUCGGAGGAGCGGAGAGGGAAGCUGGACGAGCGUCUGCGGCUGUUCCAGCUGAACCGGGAGGUGGACGACCUGGAGCAGUGGAUCGCCGAGCGGGAGGUGGUGGCCGGCUCGCACGAGCUGGGCCAGGACUACGAGCACGUCACCAUGCUGCAGGAGCGGUUCCGGGAGUUCUCCCGGGACACCGGGACCAUCGGCCAGGAGCGCGUGGACGGCGUGAACCGUCUGGCGGACGAGCUGAUCGACGGGGGACACGGAGACGCCGCCACGGUGGCGGAGUGGAAGGACGGGCUGAACGAGGCCUGGGCCGACCUGCUGGAGCUGGUGGACACGCGGACCCAGAUCCUGGCCGCCUCCUGGGAGCUGCACCGGUUCUACCACGACGCCAAGGAGGUCCUGAACCGGAUCCUGGACAAGCGGCGCCGGCUGCCCGAGGAGUCGGGCCGGGACCAGAACACGGUGGAGGCCCUGCAGAGGAGCCACACCACCUUCGAGCACGACAUCCAGGCCCUGGGGACUCAGGUCCGGCAGCUCCAGGAGGACGCCGUCCGUCUGCAGUCGGCGUACGCCGGAGACAAAGCUGACGACAUCCAGAAGAGGGAAGGAGAGGUCCUGGAGGCCUGGAGGAACCUGCUGGAGGCGGCCGAGGCCCGGCGGGUCAAGCUGUCCGACACCGGGGACAAGUUCCGCUUCUUCAGCCUAGUGAGGGACCUGAUGCUGUGGAUGGAGGACGUGAUCCGGCUGAUCGAGGCGCAGGAGAAGCCCAGGGACGUGUCGUCGGUGGAGCUGCUCAUGAACAACCACCAGGGCAUCAAGGCGGAGAUCGACGCCCGCAACGACAGCUUCACCGCCUGCAUCGAGCUGGGGAAGACGCUGCUGGCCAGGAAGCACUACGCUUCGGAGGAGAUCAAAGAAAAGUUGUUACAGUUGACGGACAAGAGGAAAGACAUGAUUGACAAGUGGGAGGAUCGUUGGGAGUGGCUGAGACUGGUGCUGGAGGUGCACCAGUUCUCUCGUGACGCCGGCGUGGCCGAGGCCUGGCUGCUGGGCCAGGAGCCCUACCUGUCCAGCAGAGACACGGGCGCCAGCGUGGACGAGGUGGAGAAGCUCAUCAAGCGCCACGAGGCCUUCGAGAAGUCGGCCGCCACCUGGGAGGAACGCUUCGCCGCGCUGGAGCGCCUCACCACCAUGGAGCUGCUGGAGGUCCGGCAGAGGCAGGAGGAGGAGGAGAAGAGGAGGAGGGGGAAGGAGGAGACGGAUGGAGACGCUGCCGUCGCCGCGGCGACGCCCAGGGAGGGCGAGCCGGCGUCCCAGAACGGGCUUCCGUCGGAGCAGGAACCCCCCAGGGAUAACGCGGAGGAGGUGGUGAACGGCGUGUCGGAGCCGAGCCCGGCCGGGUCACCCGGGGCGACCCACAAGGCCCGGCCCAGCCAGGCGGCCACCCUGCCGGCCAAAACCCAGCAGGACGUCGCGGCGCUGCCGUCGCAGCUGGAGGCUUUUCUGCACCGCAAACACGAGUGGGAGGGACACAACAAGAAGGCGUCCAACAGGUCCUGGCACAACGUGUACUGCGUGAUCAACCACAAGGAGAUGGGAUUCUACAAGGACCAGAAGAGCGCCAGCCAGGGAAUCCCGUACCACAGCGAGAUCCCCGUCAGCCUGAGGGACGCCGCCUGCGAGGUGGCGCUGGACUACAAGAAGAAGAAGCACGUCUUCAAGCUCAAGAUCACCGACGGGAACGAGUAUCUGUUCCAGGCCAAAGACGACGAGGAGAUGAGCGCCUGGAUCUCCACCAUCGCGGUGGCGGCGGCCGGCGACCAGCUGGAGGUGACGCCCAGCGGCCACAGCACGCCGGCGGCCUCCGCCCGCGCCCAGACGCUGCCGGCCUGCGCGGCGGCGGCGCCGGAGUCCAGCCCCGGGAAACGGGAGAAGGACAAGGAGAAACGAUUCAGCCUGUUCAGCAAGAAGAAGUAAAACCAACCGCCCCCAACCUGGUGCUGCCGCCAUCGACCUGGGCAAAUGUUUGUUGAAGAUGUCAGUCGACCAGCUUCUCUGUUAGUCUGCCCAUAGCAACCGACCCUCCCCUAGCAACCAACCCUCCCCUAAGCAACCCACCCUCCCCUAGCAACCCACCCUCCCCUUAGCAACGGUAACCGCUCAGCUUCAUUUAACCACGACUGAUAAGACGAUCUAACAACAGCAAAUAUUUAACGAUUCUGAACAGAACCGCGCUAGCCAUACGAACCCGCACCGUUGCCAUGUCCGACCCCCCCCUUUCCCCCCAUCCCUCCCCGUCCCUCCCCGUCCUCCAGGUGGGACUCCAGCAUGAUGCUAGCUCCGAGCCAAAACUGUCCACUCCGUGCCUAACGAGCGCCAAGGGGGCGGCGCCCGGCGAAGGGGGCGGCGCCCGGCGGCGCUUCAGGCAGCUGAGUUUGCCACUGAACAACAACGACGUAGAGGACAAAAACCCACUUUAUUCUUGCUGUUAUUUGUUCUUUUCUGUUCUUGUUUUGUCUCUCGCCUUGUUGGGGUCGUGUUUACCCCCCCGUCUCCCCCCCGGGGCGUCUCCCCCGCCCCCCCCGGGGUUGUAGGUCGUUCCCGUCCCGGUCCAUCCUCGGCUUUCGCGAGGCCUUGUCUUUGCAAGAUGACGUGUAACCCCUCUGUAGCGGGGAACCCGAGGCGGCGGCGCGGCGACGACCCCUCCCCGAUGCCACAGUCGCCAUGGAAACGGCUAAUUAAUGCACUGAGAACCCCCCCCCUUCAGGGCGGCCGUGGUCCGGGGGCGUCGCCGCGCCGCGCUUCGGUCUGUAUGUAUAACUUGUGUAUAACAAAACUGUUAAAAUGAACCUGUGUUUAACUUCACUUAUUAUUAUUACUAAUAACUAAUAAUAACAUAAUAAAUAAGCUUCAUCUUCGUGUGAAACACUUGUAAAGUCUGAAUGAAGGAGUCAUAAAUACCUGAGACCAGUAGGAAUGUUUAUAACUCACCUUUUACAGCAUCCAGCCACCUUUCUUUUCUACUUUUAGUUAGUUAUUUAGUCGUCUGUUGCCACGGCGACGCUGCGUCACAGCUUUGUUUUGUCGUCUGUUGCCACGGCAACGCUGAGUCACAGUUUCGUUUCUACGGCGACGCUGCGUCCGAGCUUCGUUUAGUCGCCCGUUUCCACGACGACGCUGCGUCGCAGCUUCGUUUAGUCGUUUGUUGCCACGACGACGCUGCGUCACAGCUUCGUUUAGUCGUUUGUUGCCACGGCAACGCUGAGUCACAGUUUCGUUUCCACGACGACGCUGCGUCGCAGCUUCGUUUAGUCGUGUGUUGCCACGACGACGCUGCGUCACAGCUUCGUUUAGUCGUUUGUUGCCACGACGACGCUGCGUCUCAGCUUCGUUUAGUCGUCUGUUGCCACGACGACGCUGCGUCACAGCUUCGUUUAGUCGUCUGUUGCCACGACGACACUGCGUCUCAGCUUCGUUUAGUCGUUUGUUGCCACGGCGACGCUGAGUCAUAGUUUCAUUUCCCCGGCGACGCUGAGUCUCAGCUUCUUUUAGUCGUCUGUUGCCACGGCGACGCUGCGUCACAGCUUCUUUUAGUCGUCUGUUGCCACGGCGAUGCUGCGUCUGAACUUCGUUUAGUCCCCCGAGGGUGAAGAUUUGCUAUAAAACAUUUACUCCGAGCUUCGCUGUGAAGUUGGUCCUGAAAAGCUUUUACUGGAAGUGAAUAAUAAUCGUGCUAGCGUGCUCGUCAGCUUCAGCUCUCCUCUUUUCUUCUCCUCUUUCUUUUUUUAAGAUUUCAAACUUUUACGCUGAUUUUUUUUGUAGUGAAGUCUGUGGAGCUUUUUGUACGGAAGUUAAUUUAUGACAAAAUUCAGUUAGUUACCUAGGUUUUCUAUUCUUGCUUAUUUCCACUUGAAACGAUCAGUUAAAAUAAAAAACAAUGGUUCAUGUUGAAGCUGCAUCGUUCAUUUUAAAGUCUUAAUUACUAUGUGCCAAUUGGUGAGUGUGCGUACUUUUACACACUUUUUCACCAGCAAGUAAAUUUAGCCAAAAUAUUUUCUUUUUUUUUUUGCUUGAAAAUCACUAACUAUUUUAAGAAAUACUAAUUAAAGUAUUUCCUUUUAACUAAUUAGUCUUUUUUCUACAACUAGAACCCUGUUUGGCUGCUUGUAUUUGAAAAAAGUCGAGGAUGAGGUGGAUUUUAGCGGAAGAUAAUUAGCGAUUAAAGUCCCAAAAAUGGGCGUGUCUGACAGAAGUGGGCGUGUCUGACCGAAGUGGGCGUGGCCUGGCAGGAAGGUGGUAAGGUGAAGUAACUUUAUUGAUAAACGAAGGUAGAUUUGUUUGCAGGUAAAAAGUAGAAACAUUGACGGACAAACAAAACAAAUGCUCCAGAUUGAAUAAGCAAUACAAUAGAUACAUUAAUAAAUGAAUAGAUAGACCUAGAUGGAGGAUGGGAAAUUGGGGACAAAACUACAUUUAUACAUUUUAGUUUUGCACAGGUGAGGUGAGUUAAGUUGCUUUUCCCUCCUCGUAAUUUUGUCAUAAAUGAACUUCUGUAGUUUCCAGAAAAACAGCAGGAUUGCGCCCAAACGUAAGGAAUGUGGGUGUUUUUUGUGUUUUUUUCCAGGGGUGGCCCGAGGUGGGCGGGGCCAGGACUCCACCGGCUCAUCGAUCCUGUUCUGUUUUUCAUUUUUUAUUUUUUAUUUUGGAGCCAGAAAAAUUCUGGCAAUUUAAUAAAUAUAGUGUGCAUUCCUCUGUCACGGUAACCAUAGUAACGAGAUAUUUCUUUAUUGUUGCACAAUCAGUGAUGCCACGGCUGGGGUG